AGUCGCGCAGCUGUCAUUCGGUUCUUCUUCUCCUUAUAGCCAGCAAAUUAGCGUUUGCAGCUGUCGGAUAUUUCUCUCUCUCUCUCUCACCUUUUUCUUUCCCCUCUUUCUCCUGUACUAUUUCAUGAAACAGCUCAUCAAAUAAUAACGGCAGCAACAACAACAAUAACAACAUCAUAAAAUAUAUCCCACCUCUUCAAUUCUUCUUCUGCUGUAAAGGAAGGGGGAGGGGAGGGGGGGAAUGGAGGUGGAGGCACAUAUAGAGCUCGAAGCAAAGAAAAUGAGGUGGAAAAGAAGAUACAGCUUAGGCCGCUCUUGUCAAGGUUACGAGUGAUCGGUCAUAAUAUAUAACCACAGCAGACGACCAAGCGAUCGACACCCAUUUGUGAAUUUGAUGAUUUAGAUGCCAUAUGGCUUACCCACAUUACCGAUCACAGUUCGGCGACACCACGUUUACCAAAGUGUUUGUUGGGGGCCUAGCUUGGGAGACACCCACCGAAGAAAUGCGCAGAUAUUUCGACCAGUUUGGAGACAUUCUUGAAGCUGUAAUAAUAACCGAUAAGAGCACGGGGAAAUCUAAGGGAUACGGAUUCGUGACAUUUCGUGACCCGGAAUCGGCGAGGAGGGCUUGCGCUGAACCAAACCCGGUGAUCGACGGGCGGAGAGCCAAUUGUAAUAUCGCUUCGUUUGGAAGACCUCGACCGUCGCCCCCCCGAGGAAGAACUCAAGGUGGUACUUCUUACCAAGGAGGUUCACCGUCGUCCUAUAGUGGAGUCGUGGCAACCUCACCUGCGCCCCCACCACCCCCUCCUGUUAUUUACCCACCUUACGGGUAUCCAACUUACUCUCCUGAUUAUGGCUACCAGCAAGCUCUAUAUAACCCGCAAGUUCAACAGCCACAAUACUACCAGCCUUUGUACGGAACAUCGCCUUCUACAAUGGGCUCUCCCUAUUACUAUGGCUACUCUUUCCAAGCCCCAAGGAGUACAUAUUCUUCCCCCCAGGGGCAACGCCUACCCGGAUCCUCAUAUAUAUACUAUCCCAUGCACAUGGACGGGUCCCUCUCCACUACUUAUCUUCCUCCUUCACCUCUUCAACCCACAAGGCAUCCCUUUCCCUCUUCUACCGAUUCACAGAUGGCACAGAGAAUUUCCUCCACAACAGAAGCAGGAGUUGUUACUUCAGAAAGUCCAAAUACCUAAAAGAACUGAUGAUCAAUAUAUAGAUGGUUCGGUUAAAAGCUUCAAUUGUAUAAUAUUGACAAGUUUAUGUCCAUCAUCUCUUUUUCAUUUCUGAAAUUCUCGACGAUUUAUAUAAUUCUUUGGUCCAAAGUUGUAGCAUCUUCACUAAUGCUGCGAGAGAUUACCUUGGUUCUUCUCAGCUAUGGCAGGAAAAGAUGGACCUAUCAACAACCUUAUGCAGAUUUUUCCCCCGAAAAAUAAUUCUUCUUUCUUUUCUUUUGCUCCCUUUUUUUUUUUUUUUUUUUUUUUUUUUUUUUAAAUUUUUUAAAUUUUUUAUAAGAGCUUAAUAUCUUUCACAAAAUGUACGAACGAGAGAGAGGAGGGAAGUUCAGUCCCUCAUCAAGAAGUUCUAGACUUUAAACAUGCUUAUCUCAAAAUAGUUUGUUUCUCUCUCUUUAAGGGGAAAUUAAUCUGGAAA